UUGGAAGCCCAAAGGGAGGUCAAGCGGUCGAGGGUUUCGACCACGGAUCUCACGACGCCUCCGGCGCCGGCGACCUCAUCCUCGUACGCCCCCUCGCCGCCGAUUCGUCAACCUCCAGUCAGGUGUCGUCGCUGUGAUCUAGAAAUGAAGAGGGCGGCGCCGUCGGAGGAGCCCCAGGACGUGUCUUCCGACGACUCCCCGAGCUGCGGUUCCGGAGACGAGUCCGGGAAGGGGAAGGGCCGGAACGCCUUUGGGCUGCCCAACGCCUCCAAAGCUGUUGUGGCCGCAGAAGAUACGAACAAGGCAAGGCCACGGGAGGAGCCCCAGGAGGUGUCUUCUGACGACUCCUUGAGCUCAGAUUCUGAUGAUGAGGCCGGGAAGGGGAAGGGCACGAACGCCUUCAGGCUGCCCAACUUCUCCAAAGCUGCUGCAACAGCGGAAGCAUCCAUGUCAAAGAAGAAGAAAUCUGGUGGCUUGGAUUUCAGUGCUUUGAGCCGGCAUGGGUACCAUGGUGGCCCAUCUGUCUUGACGGUUCGCCCUCCGCAGGAGGAACCUAACUGGUCUUGGUCCACUGGGAAAGACCGCGAUGACAAAGAAGAUGCACAUGAGUCCUAUGAAGAACGGGAGCGCACGAGGGCUGCCGUCACUGAAGGAGAGAAGCUUAUCGGUGUGCAUAAUGCGCAGCCAAGCCAGUUACUAGAUAAAGACAAGAAGAGUGCUUCCUUCUCACAGAAGGAGAAGCGGAAGAGGGACCGGGGGCAGGCCAGCAGGGGGAAGAACUACGUCGAGGAGGAGAAGCGGCUCCUGAGGGGGAGUGGCGUCUACUCUGGCUUUGAUACUUGACAGUACCUGGUACAAAUGCAGUUACACUACUAAAAUGUGUGCCUACAGAGGAUUAUCCUUGCUUUUAGCUUUCAUUGUGUGCAUAGUGUCGCCGGAAAGGCGACUUGUGGUUGUGGGUCGGUGGGUGUGGUGGGGCUUGCUAGCGUUGAGUUCAAUUUGGACUGGCCUCGAUGUUGCAACUCAAGUACGAGUAGUACUGCUACCAUCUAUCUGUACCUCAUUGCUUGCUGUUUUCUCUGAAGGACUUUUUAGAGAGUUCCGAUA